AUGGCCCCACGUAAAAAAGAGCCAGACGUCAGAAAGACUGAGCGUCGAGCGAAGCCAAACAUCAGAAAGAUAGCACAAGGGAAGCAGCCUCGAGGCGUCGAGAAAGAACGACCACGAGGACCUGUCUGCCGAAGUGAACGCCUGGAUCAGAAAGCUCUGUCUUGGGACAAAAGCGCGGAACAGAGCCACCCUUAUCCCCCAACGACUAGUGACACUCUGAGAAGAAAGCAACAUCCGUCUGCCUCUCUGCAAGCUAAAGGUCAAAAACGGAAGAGACCCCAAGACGCGGAAGAAUCGCUCUGCAUUUCAGCCAACCAAUUCCAAAAACGACCGCGAAAAUCUACCGCUGCGGACACAGAGGACCAGAAGGCGGCAAGUGGCGUCUACGAGAACAAGAUUAAUCCUAUCUACUGGUGGACGCGGAGCGGAAUCUGGCCUAAGGAGUAUUUUGAAGAGGGUAGCAACAUGAGUCAUCUACUUGCAAGGAAGAAAUCGACAUCUUCUCUUCGCCAAAAUGCGCGCUAUAGAACGGUGCUUGAAACCAAGAGCAGUUUUAUGAAAGAAUCAAAACUGGGUAUCACGGAUGCUAGCAAAAGUAGUUACCAAACUUUGCUCAUCGCUGAACAAAGGGUUCCGGAGAACUCAUUAUUUUGUGACGAUCUAUUCAAAGCAAUCUGUGAGAAGAUGCAGGAUAGGAAUGAGGCCAUGGUUAUUCAGGACAUCACUCGAUUGAUCGUCCCUUCAGCAGAAAAUCUGGCCAUAUAUGGCGACGAGCAUCUCAAGAUUUUGAUUGAAAGUGUUAAUGAAGGUUGGGAUAAUGCUAUCCCUGUAACUAAACCCCGUCCGCAGCCUGAUUACUCCGUGGGUUUCAGACGAGAGGCAUUCACAGAUGACCAACUGCGACGGCUUCAGCCCUUUGUUGGUGAUCUGACUGAUACAUCGUACUUCAUGGCGACGUACUACUUGUACUUCCCAUUCUUAACAUGUGAGGUUAAGUGUGGGGCGGCGGCACUUGAUAUCGCGGAUCGACAGAACGCUCACAGCGCAACUAUUGCAGUGAGAGGUCUUGUUGAGCUCUUCAAGCUCGUGAAGCGUGAAAAAGAUGUUGAUCGGGAAAUCCUCGCUUUCUCCAUCUCACAUGACCACACAGCUGUGAGGAUCUACGGCCAUUAUGCUUUUAUUGAAGGUGACAAAACUACUUUCUACCGCCACCCGAUUCGCAAGUUUGAUUUUACGGAACAAGAUGGCAAAGAGAAAUGGGCGGCUGCUAGUCCUAGACACCAACGUAGAGGUGCAGAUCAUGUCUAG